CUUUAUGUGUGCCGUGGCUUCACACGUGCGGCCCUUCACUCAAAAGUCGCGUCGCCUGCGACAAUAACAUCAGCAGGUGAGGCAACACACCGCUGUCACAGAUCACACCAUGACCCUCCGAGGCGCUGCUUGUGGCUUCUGUUGCAGCCGACGGCGAGGCGGAUCUGCUGCUUCUUCCGCCUGUGUGACUAGAAGGCGCCGAAGACGUCCCUGCCGCUUCAUCGGCAUCUGCGCAGAGCGGUGUGAUGGACACGGCCGCAGUGCAGUCCACAUCGAAAGCACAGAGGAAAAGGGCCAAAAAGGUACACACGAGACGAGAAGGCACAGACACUCAUCGGGCAUGGGCAAGUGUGCUUGUGUGUGUGCGCAUCAGGCCAAGAAGCGUGGUGCUGCUCCUGAUGCGAGUCAGGAUGGUCGUGAGGCUGAUGAGGCAGCUCCAUCGACUGCAUCAGACAAACCACCUGUGGAGACCCGCAAUUCAGCCAUGGUCAAGUCGCUGCGGCCCGACAAGUCUGCACCUUUGGCCGAGCUCCUGGCGGAUGCAGCUCGCACCAGCAGCCUCAUCUUUUCACCAGAUGCCACUUGCCCAAUCAGCAUCGAGGCCAUCUUCAGCGACGUGCGACAGCUGGCAAACCACCAGAGUUGCAUAAGCACAUCUUACCAGCUGAGGUGGCUUCUUUGUAAUCGCGUCUACGAGGCAAUUCGCCUUGACAUGGUGUGGGAGGCCAGCAGGGAUGGGAGGCUCGACGUGUGCGUGAGGGCCGUGCGUGAGGCGGCUGAGCAGCUGGCGUCUGAGGCGUAUCUGCAGAGGGUGCUGUCGGUCAAGAUGUGGCGGUUUCUCGUGACCCUCAUCGAGGACGUUGCCAACCAGCUGGAGGUGAGCAAGGGAGGAAGCGGCAAGGAGCGUGGCUUCACUCAUGCAUUGCCAUUUCGUUGUUGUAUCGAUCAGGCUGAUUUCGAUUCGUUCGCCCAAGCCAUCAAGGCAAUGCGACCGUCUUCCAGGAGUUCAUCCAACCAGCCGACGAGACAACCAUCCGCCACCCCAGCCACCCGUCUCCCCAUAUUCCCCCCGGCCACCGACCCCGUCCAGCUGGUGCUACAGCACUCCCCGUCGCCCCACCACCGAUUCGCCGAGGCCCGUUUGCUCCCUCCUGACGGCCUCAUGAGGCUGCUGGAGCUGUUCCGACUCGACAAAGGGCCGAUCCCCGCAGCGGGCUCCUACACGUGGGACAUGUUCGUCGACGAGUAUGUGGCGGCUGACUGUGCACUGGGAGAGGGAGAUGGCCACAAGCGUGCUGGCUCAUUCACCGUGAGCGGCGCCACUGGCUCACUCGCGGCCCUCAACGGCAGCUAUGUCAUCCGCCCCACAGCCGAGGAGCAGGCGAGGCUCGUGGCGCCGCCAGAUGGUGCUGCUUUCGCCUACGUGGGCGAGGGGGUGGUCUUCGAGCGGCUGGUGGUCCCGAUCAAAGACACGCUGGAUGGGCCAAGAGGCGUGUGGGUGGCCUAUGAGCCAGCAACAGAGGCGCGAUCGACCCCUCGGCUGCUCGCCGUCGGUCUCCACAAAAGCGACAUACGACAUGGGUCGUUCGCAACGCACCCGGCCCUUCCAUCGCCCGCUUUCGAGACGGACCAGUGGUACACUGUUGAUGAUGGGGCUCGGCUCGUGAAGGUCGAUUUCAGCAUUUCGGCUGCCCUCCCACUCGACUUCUACGUCUGCCGCUCGGCCUUCAGUCCGACGGACCUUUUGUUGGUUGCGGCCCUUCUUCACUUUCGAGGCGCAUCGUUGAUGUGCACGGCCAUCAGCGAUUCUGCCGACUCUCUCGCCGAAGUGCCAGACACACAGCUGCUAGCGUACUACGUAUCCCCUGAGGUCAUGGAAAACCUUCCGCCAUCCGCACACAACCCUGAGCCCGUCACCGAUGUCGCCUCAGUGCGGCCCAUUACCGGUCCGAUGGGAGAGCGGUCUUUGUGUUUACGUGACGGUGAGGCAACCAUCCGUCGACUUGGCCUGAUGCGUUUGUCGGACGAGUGGACCACACGGCCCUUCACGCAGUGGCCCUUCAAAGCAUUGGCACUGCUGCCGGGUGGUGGCGGGAUGGUUGGGGGACGCUUCGAGGGCGGCCGUGUUGCUGUGGUGCGGCUGGAGGUCUCGGUCAGCACCAAAUGCGCCUUGUGUGACGCCCAGCCGGACGGUAGCACACUCGGCGAUAUGCCCCUCCUGCACGCGCUAUUUUCACCUGAGACCUCUGACCAAGACUUCGCAUAUUUGGACAAGACAGUGGGAGUGUGGACGCAGAGGGCGUCCUCAGAGGAGCCGAUCUGCGGCAAAUGCUGGUGUACGGAGUACGUCAUGACGUUGCUCUCAGGACGUGCCCAAGGGUACAUGCACACGCACUGACUGCCUUGAUGUUGUGGGAUUGUUGAUGUAUCCAUGGCUUCCUGUAUGCAGGAACGGUGCCUCAUCUGCCGCCUCGGACGACGAUGAUGCAACGGAUGCCACUCAUCCAGCAGCGGCCGCCGCUCAGCCCUCUGGGCAUGAAACAAGGCAAGAAGAGACCCACUGCACACACAUACGCGCUCGCAUUGACCUGGUGUCUGUCCUUCCUCCCCCUGUCAGUGUCAUGGCGGUUCGCGACUCCUUUCGUGACAUGCCCAACGUCCCUGCCAAGGACAAAUCGACACCCGCCCCCGCAACACCUUCUGCCACACCCGGCCACGACGAUUCCGACCAAGACGGGACCACUCGUUGUCAGGCACCGACACCUGCUGGGGCGGAUGAGGAGUCCAAAGGGACACCUCAGGCCGCGACAGCUGUUGUGGGAGCCAGUGGCCCUGUGAGCAUCGAGUCGGCCUUUGGCAGCACUCAGUACGUCAGGGGUCUGCUGGCGCGGGAGGGUCCAUGGGAGUGCGGUGUGGACCUGCGAGCGGUCUUUGAGGAACUCGCCCAGAAGCUCACGGACACUGCCUUCGAGCCUGUCUUCAGACUGAGACGCGUUAUCGUUGGCCAGGUCGGCGUGUCAGUGGAUUGUGCAUCUGCUGCACCGAUGGCUUCCACUCAGAUCACAUGGACGUACGUGUGUGCGUGUGUGCAGGUGUUGGAGUGUGUGCAGCUCGAUCAGCUGUCUGAGGGGCUGACUAAGGCCGGCAACAGCAGGCCCAUGGAGGCGACAGCUGCCAGCCUCCAGAAAGAGGCUGAGCUGGUCUCGUGCGACGGGAAGCAUCAGACACUCUGCUGUCGGCACUUGUGGUACAUCAUCGUUGCGGCCCUUGAGUGUAUUGCCGAGCAGAUGGAGGUCCGUUUCAUGCACAAACAGAUACGUGUGUGUCUGUAGCGAGCUUGGCUGACUGUAUGUUCUUCUCUGCCUGUCUGGCUGCCUCUGUGCUGUCAGCGUGACAGUGUGGCUUUCGUCAAGGCGAUGCAAGACAUCCGCCGCCGCCGCAUUCAAGAACAAGACGCCUCGAGCACAGCUGACGCCACCCUGCCGCCGCUCCCCGCCGCAGGCGACAACUUCUAUGACUUUGCCCGUCAGGCGGUGGCUACCCUGGUGCAGCAAGGGCCACCCGACUACACAUACCUGGAGACUCAUCUGCGGACAUUUGUCGACGACACUGUCGGCACAGCUGACCCGAUUCGAGAUCUGCUGUUUUUCUUCCGUCUCGACCAAGGUCCCCCGAAGUCGCCGACGCAGGGCGGCACAGAGAGGGAGUCUGCGUGGCACGCGACGUAUCGUGGCUACUUCGACCAGUGCCGCACCGUGGAUCCCACGGGCGGUCGGCGGCACGGCAGUCUCACUGUGAGCGGCGCGCCGGUCAUCAACGGCACCUACCUGCUCCGCCCGACAGAGGAAGAGCAGAAGACGCUGCUUUGGACUCAUCCGGAGACUAUCGCCUACGUGGGCAAGAAAAACGUAUUCAAGCGGCUGGUUUACCCGCGACCCGACGGCAACAUGGGGGGACUCUGGAUGGCACACUCCCCGUCCACGGCCGAUGGAACCAGGGUGCGCAUCAUCGCCUUCGGACCCUUCAAGGACGACUCAGUCAGCAACCGCAACCCCUUGCUCAGCCACCCCGCUGCGGCCAACCCCGCCCUCGAGACGCGCGAGUGGUUCGCUGUCGACCAGGAGGGGCACAUCAGCAGACUCGGUGGCGUCAAGAUGACCACCACUCUGCCGCUGACUUUCCAUGUGCCCCGAUCUGCCCUGGAAUGCGUAUCGAAGGUGGAGCGCAUUAUGCUGUCGGUGUGCAUUGGUGGGCCGACACAGCUGAGCCGCUGGCGUGCGAGUCGCUGUACGACUACUACACCCACUACCUGGCCGAGCGGGGGGUCAGCAAGGGGGCCGCCUUCCCCAUGGCCUUCUAUCUCGAUGCCCAAGUCAUGGAGCACCUGCCCACAUCGGCACGGCACAAGGAGCGGCUCACCGAUGCAAGUCAGCGGCAGUCGCAUGUGGCAUGCGUGAGCGACGCCGAGACCCUGCGGAUCAAGAGAGGAAUGGUCCGCCUGGCGGACGAGUACGUCACCAAGGCGUUCACAGAGUGGCCAUUUGCCGCCGUGCUGGCCCUGUUGGCGACGGGAUCGGCCGACUCGGUGUGCGUCCUGCGGGCCGAGUCGCGGACACAGACCUGUGGUCGGUGCGGCGAGCCGUGUGCGGGCAGCUCAGAGGGCCCAGUGGAUACCAUUCCUCUGGUGCACACGCUCGCCUUCGAUGACCUCAACGACGAGUUGGUUUUCAAUGCACACGCCCAGUACAUUCGGGCGGCGCCGGCGGGCCUGUGUGUGGAGAGUGCCACAGGGUCGCUCAUGUGCGGACCAUGCGCGCUGGAUCGCGUCGAGUCGGCGAAGAAGGAUCCAAUCAGGUGCGCGACGCGCAACCAGGGUCAAGUGUUUCUGUCCAUAUGUGUGUGUGUACAGGCCUGAUCUUACCCCUGUGGAUGUGCUGGCCACAUUCUCAAGCCUCCUGUCGCCCCCUUCCGACACGCAGACUGUCCCCUCGCCCCAACCGAAGAGUGCAUCGAGCAGCAGCACACCCUCCCGCAACUCGCCGGCCACCAGCAGCAUCUUCCGAGGCAUCUUCACGGCCAAGGACAAGACCAAACCCACACCACCCAAAUCGGCACCGACCGCUCCCAAGCCCAAGCCGACAUCCACCCAGCCGCCCACCCCGCCGAGCAAAGCCACACCCACUGUCACGGUUGAGUCCAUCCAUGAGGCCUUCCCCGACAUCGCCACCGUCACAUCAGGCACAGAGGGAGGCCAACAGCCCUCCAGUGAGACGCUGGCCGUCGUAAAGGCCUUCCUGCAGCACAAGGGAGGGGCGGUGGAGGGUGGUGGUGUCAGCUGUGUCGAGUCGAGUGAGUGCGAUGCGGCCCAGGUGCGGGAGACCUACCGCCGGGCCGUCAAGAAGUUCUUCAUGGACCACCGCACAGCACUGCAAAGGUCACCCAAGAGAAUAGGCAUCUCAACCAGUGGCUGACACGAGUGUCAUGCGCUCUGUGUGUGUGCAGCGAUCCGUCGGCCGUGUUUGCGCUGGGUCCGCUGCGGCAUGUGCGUGGCGAGUGGCUGCCCCAGUGGCACACGACGUUCGUCAGUGAGCUCAGCAAAGGCCAGCAGCUCAUGCAGAAGGAACUCGGGGCCGCCACCACUAGGGUCCCGAAAGGCACCAACGGGUGAGCCGGGCGGAGGGGAAGAGGCAUCGAUAGAGUGUCAUGAUAAUGUCGCCUGCUGUCCAUGUGUGCAGUACCUCGACGUCGCUGGCGGCAAUGGCUAUAGACGAGGAUCAGCUGAAGGAGGACAUACAGGCCGCCACGGCAGCGCUGCGACGUCACCCGUCGUCACGCCUGUUCCGGUUGCCGUAUCCUCAUCCCGACUACGCCCGCAUGUAUCAGGAGGGCCGGCCUCAUUCCAUCAGUGACCUGGAGAAGUGGGUGCCUGGGGUCGACAAGGAGGUGAGGGCCGCACACAUAUGGAUGUGGCGGGCUGUGCUGUGAGGUGGUUCAAUGUGCCGUCCUGUAUGUUUCAGAAGUACGGCUGGAGAUAUUGGUUGGACUACAUCUUUGAUAUAGCCUGCAGUGCGAUCGCAUUCGUCAAGUCGGGCUCGGUGCGCAGCCACUACCAGCAAGCAGCCAGCUCAAUCAGUUCGUCAUGGCCCCUCUGUCUUUCUUUCCUCUAUGUGCAGGAGGUUUCCGUGUCAGCUGCGGCGUUGGUUGCUGUCGCUACCCGCCUCGCGCGCCGCUAUAAUGGAGGUGUCUUUUCCUUCGGGCUGGACGAGCUGCUCUCGAAGGAGCUCGAAUCGGCAGUCGGCAACCUGACCAAUGUGGACCACGAUGCAGUCGAUCAGCUCAGCGACCUCGACCCGACCGAGCUCGCCCGUCUAUGGGAUUCAUGCAGGGAACACCAAUUCAUGCCUUGUGGAGAGGCGCUUGAGGCGCAGCCAGCGGCCAAGUGAGGGCCUCGCAGACAGGCAGACAGAUAGACACUUGCAGAGGCGUCGGUACGUGCUAUCUCUGCAGCCGGGGCCAGCCGUCCACUUCCACAGCAGUUGGGGCCUGCUCACAAGGGCCUUGAACACACUUGGGUAAGUAAGGUCAUACGAGAGGCGAUCGCACACAAGUUGCAUCCUCUAAACACUGUGGACAUCACCUGCAGCUCGGCGGCAUCAGUAUCGCCUCCCGAUGCCGCCACACGCACGGACACGCACACAGGAGACGCGACGACCGCACGCACACAGUGAACUGAGCGACAACGAUCCGCACCACGCCACACACUUAACCCUAUAUGUGUGUGUCUGUCAGGGAUGAGUCGACCACUCCCACUGCUGGCCGGCGCGCCCCCGAUGAGCCGCAGGCCGAGAUCGACAAACUGACAGACAAGUGUGCCCGACUGGAGAGGGAGCUCGCGGCCGCGCACGAGAAACUCAAGACGGCCGAGGACACACACACGAAGGAGAAGGAUGGACUCAACGGGACCAUCAAACGACUCCAAGACGAUGUCAAGAGGUGACCAGAGAGACGGGGGGGAAGCAGUUGAUUGACUGCCAUCCGUACGCCCACACCGUGUGUGGGAACAUGUGUGUGUAGGUUGACCAGUGAGUCGGCUGCGUCGAAGAAAAUGGCUGAGAAGGAGAGAAAGGCGGCCGACGCGCAGCGCAGCACUCUCGAGGAUAUCCUCAAAGACAAAGACAAACAAAUCAAACAGACACAAGAGACGUUAGCACCGACGCACUACACAGACGCGCCAUCCCUCCCUCCCUGUCUGUCUGUCUGUCUGUGUGCAGUGCUGACGACCGUGUGCGUCGGGUGAGCCAGCAGGUGCGCCAGGAGGCCGACAAGGCCGCCAAGACACAGACCGACACCGUCACCAAGCAGCACAGAGAGGAGCUGGAUGCUUUGCGUGGCGAGCACCGGUCGGCCAUUUUGGAGCUGAGGGCGCAGCACCGGAUGGCCAUCGAGCAGCGAGAGACUGAGGUGCGCGGGGAGGCCGACAGGGCCCUGGCCGACGUGACGCGCAAGAGGGACCAACUGAGGCAGCGGCUGAGGGAAAAACGACUCAGGUCAGCCGGCCAACCAGAGAGAGAGGGAGGGAGAGAAUACCAACGAGUCAGACGCUGCUGAUGUCAUGUGCGUGGUGUGUGCGCAGGUCAGCGCGUGUAGAUCAGGAGAAAGACGUCGAGUUGAGUCGGCUGCGCGAGGCGGAGGCGCCGCUGAGGCGGGAGAUACUCACGCUCAAACAACAGCUGUCGUCGGCACAACCACCACACAGGUCAGCAACCACACACACACACCGACAGCAGCCGUGCACCUGUCGUCUCGCCCUCAUUGUCUGUGUUGCAGUCGUGUCAGUACUGAAGGUAUGUCGUCUCUCGAUCUGCCGUCGGUGCGUCAGCUGCUGGAUGGCUUGACGUCUGAGCAGCACCGACUCACUCAGCUCCACCAGGCCGCCAUCGAGCGACAAAUACAACUACGCCACCAGCAGCAGCCCAACCACACAUCGCCCUCCUGUUCAUCAUCGUCAACAGCAGCAGCAGCUGUCCCCACCCACACCGCCGCGCCCUCUAUGCCCUUCUGUAUCAACAAUGGCUCACCACCACCACCACCAGUCAGUGGCAGCAGCAGCUCGCCACACGCAAACGGCCCCUGUGCUGCGCCAUCGUCCAGCAGCAGCAGCAGCAGUGGUGGUGUUGGGUCGAGUGUGAGCAAGUGCCAGCUGUGUCUCGAGAACCCGCCAGACAUCAUCCUGCUGCCCUGCGGACAUAAAGUGAGUCGAAGAGGAGAUGGCAGCGAGUUUGUAGUGAAGGUCUGUGUGUCGUCUGUGUGUGUCUGUCAGGUUGUGUGUCAGGAGUGUUUUGAGAAGUGGAUGGCUCCCAUGCCGACCGAAGACAAACUCUGCCCUGAACACACGUACGCAAUGCGAUCCAAUGGCUGGCAACCGGCACACACUGGGCAGCCCCCGUGUGUGUGUGCAAUGUGUGUCAGGUGUCGGCAGCCCUACUCCGAGGUUAGAUACAUUUUUGAGUGACCGAGUGAGUGAUGGAGUGAGUGAGUGAGUGCUGUCUUGAUGAGUCCGUAUUUAUUUAUCGAUGAGUGACAUUUAUGGCAAAAUGCGACGGAUGCGACGCGACAAGAGAGACGCCGAAAAGGUUUGUUUGCAGCCGAGUGAGUGAGUGAGUUAGUGAGUGAUCCACAUCCAUCCAUCCAUCGGCCGGUCGGUCCGUCUAUACGCCGCAGUCUGCGUACGUCAGUAGGUUAUGUUCGUGUGUAUGUGCAGCGUUUUUGUGGCCUCGCUCUUUAUGUGCUGUCUUGCUUGAUGCGAG